AUGUCCUCGCGCUCCGCCCUGGCGGCGGGGAACGAGCGCAACGCGGACACGGUGGCCAUCAAAAUCAUCGACAAGACCCAGCUGAACCCCACCAGCCUUCAGAAGCUGUUUCGGGAAGUUCGGAUCAUGAAGGGGCUGAACCACCCCAACAUUGUGAAGCUGUUUGAGGUGAUCGAGACGGAGAAGACGCUGUACCUGGUGAUGGAGUACGCCAGCGCAGGUGAACUUUGGGGACAUCGGGGACACGGCAGGGGGUGUUGGUGACACGGCGGUGACAGUGUCACCUCGUGUCCCCAGAUCGUCUCGGCCGUGCACUACUGCCACCAGAAGAACAUCGUGCACAGGGACCUCAAGGCCGAGAACCUGCUGCUGGACGCGGACGCCAACAUCAAGAUCGCGGAUUUUGGGUUCAGUAACGAGUUCUGCCGCGGCUCCAAGCUGGACACGUUCUGCGGCUCCCCGCCCUACGCCGCCCCCGAGCUCUUCCAGGGCAAGAAGUACGACGGGCCCGAGGUGGACGUGUGGAGCCUGGGGGUCAUCCUGUACACGCUGGUCAGCGGCUCGCUGCCCUUCGAUGGACACAACCUCAAGGAGCUGCGGGAGCGCGUGCUGCGGGGGAAGUACCGCGUCCCGUUCUACAUGUCCACGGACUGCGAGAACAUCCUGCGCCGCUUCCUGGUGCUCAACCCCGCCAAGCGCUGCACCCUCGAGCAAAUCAUGAAGGACAAAUGGAUCAACAUCGGCUACGAAGGGGACGAGCUGACGCCCUACACGGAGCCCCAGGAGGACUUUGGGGACACCAAACGCAUCGAGGUGAUGGUGGGCAUGGGCUACACGAGGGAGGAGAUCAAGGAGGCCCUGAGCACGCACAAGUACAACGAGGUGACGGCCACCUACCUGCUGCUGGGGCGGCGCGGAGAGCCCGAGGGUGGCAGUGCUCUGUCCCUGUCACGGCUGCGGGGUCCGGCCGAGGCCCCCAACGGUGCCACCAAGUCGGGGACGUCGGGGACCCACGGGAAGGGACAGCGCGGGGGGGGCCACCACCGGCAACGGCGACACAGCGACUUCUGUGGUCCCACGCCCACCCCGGCGCCCCCCAAGCGCAGCCCCACCAGCGCCGGCGCCUCGGAGCUGCGGGAGGGGCCGGGGCCCCACGUGCCCCCCAGUGUGAUGGGCCGCAGGAACACGUUCGUGUGCUCGGAGCGCCCGGGGGGAGAGCGCCACCUGCUGCUGCCCAACGGCAAGGACAGGUGA